UGCACCUCAACAGACCAAGCACUGCCUUCUGGGAAGCACAGGAAAAUAUUCACACACACACAGCAACUCAAACUGGUUUUGUACAUGGGUGUGGGCACACUGCUUUUUUUCCAGAUUGUGCUGUACAAACACACUCAUGGAUUUCGGACCUCGACGCUCUCUGCUGCUGUUUGUCAGAGCCCUCCUGAUUUCUACAGCUGUAGAUGCAGUCAACCUUGAAGGAGAGCUUUUCAAAGAUUUGAUGAAUGGCUACAACAAAGAUGUGCGGCCGAUGAAGAAGAGUGGAAACAUCACUCAGGUCUUCGUCAAGAUGACACUCACCAACCUCAUCUCUCUGAAUGAAAAAGAGGAGGCCCUGAUGACCAGUGUUUGGAUAGAAAUGGAAUGGUGUGACUACAGACUCAGGUGGGACCAACCGCCUCGAUCAGCUUUAUAUGGGAACAUAACAUCUAAGCUACGGGUUCCCUCCAAAAAAAUCUGGCUGCCUGAUAUUAUAUUAGAGAACAAUGUGGAUGGACAGUUUGAAAUAGCAUACUACUGUAAUGCACUGGUGUCUCCUAACGGCUGUGUGUACUGGCUGCCUCCAGCCAUCUACCGCAGUGCAUGUCCCAUCACGGUAUACUACUUUCCCUUUGACUGGCAAAAUUGCUCCAUGGUUUUCCGUUCCCAGACUUACAGUGCCAAUGAGAUCGAGCUGGUGCUCCAGAAAAAUGACAAUCACACACUGGAGUGGGUGGAGAUCGAUCCAGAGGCUUUUACAGAGAAUGGAGAAUGGGCCAUCCGACACAGGCCAGCCAAGAAGGUGAUCAACUCUCAGUACACUAAAGAUGAACUGGAGUACCAGCAGAUAGUUUUCUUCCUCAUCAUCCAACGGAAGCCUAUUUUCUACAUCAUCAACAUAAUCGCUCCCUGUGUGCUUUUCUCUUCUCUCGGCCUGUUGGUUUACUUCUUACCUGCCAAAGCCGGUGGUCAAAAAUGCACCAUGUCUAUUGUCAACCUUCUGGGUCAGACUGUGUUUCUCUGCCUCAUUGCUAAGAAAGUUCCAGAGACAUCCAAAGCUGUGCCUCUCAUAGAAAAGUAUCUGAUGUUUGUGAUGUCAGUGACCACCACGGUAGUGAUGAACUGUGUGGUGGUCCUCAACGUAUCUCUGAGAACCCCCAGCACACAUGUAAUGUCAGACAACGUCCGAAAGAUCUUCCUCAACGUUUUGCCCCAGCUGCUGAGGAUGGGGAUGAAACGCUGGACACCGUACAGUGACAAAAGGUCUUUCAUUGGGAAUGAUGAACUCGUGUCUCCAGACGGAGUGCCCUGCAGGCGCCGCAGCUCAGUGGCUCUUAUCACCAAAGCAGAAGAAUAUUCAGUGAAAGUGGCUCGAUCCGAGCUCUUGUUUGACAGGCUCAAAGAGAGAAACGGGUUGAUGAAAUCCGUGUUGGAAAAGCUGCAUGAUGGACUGAGGGAGGGUACAACUGAGCGGCUUAGUUUCAGUCUGGCUCAGGCCUCUGCAGGUCUGAAACAAUGUGUGGCCUCCUGCAAACACAUUGCUGAGACUAGAAGACAACAGAGCAACUUCCAAAGUGAAAAUGAAGAAUGGUUCCUGGUUGCCCGAGUGAUCGACAGGGUCUGCUUCAUUGUUAUGGCAUUAGUGUUCUUCAUUGGCACCAUUGGUAUCUUUCUGAUGGGACAUUUCAACCAGCCGCCUUCCUUGCCUUUCCCUGGGGAUCCGUAUCAAUAUCUCCCGCCGUCAGAGAACAACACCGUUGUAGAUGAGAGAAGAGGAGGAGCGGACUUUCUGGGGUGAGCCAGGAGGAAACUGUUCUGAUUUUUGAAACUAAACGGAGAAUCUGACAGGACGUGUCAGAGGUCUGUCUGCGAUGUCCRAGGAGGCUUAUGGAGACAGUUUCCUGUGGCUGGAAGUUGUGGAUCUUUAAAGUAUCACAUUAUCCACAGUACAUGUUUAUGGUGAUAAAGGAUCAACUGUAUAACUGUGGUUGCAAAUUGAUAGCAGCUUGUAAUGACUGUCACAUACCCAAGUGCUGUAUAAUAAGAAUAAUAGGUCUUAUUGUCUCAGUGUUUAUUUAUUGACAAAAUGUAAAAAAAAAGAUCAUCUUAAGACAGCAUGUUCCUUUACAGCUAAUUAAAAUUAUUCAUUUAUCAUGAAAAGUGAUUUAGUUAAACUGUAUAUCUGUGUGCCUUUAGUUUGUAAUAUAUUAAAUAAAAAUGUGUUUGUUGUUUCUUUUACAAUGUAGUGGUUACCUCGAGUGAAAUAAACAAGAAAACUGGCUUUGACCCCAGGCCUCAGAUGGGCCCUUUAAAGAUACAGGACUCUGUUCUGGUUKAACCUGAAUUUGGGUCACAACAGGUCAUCUUAAACCGUCAAAGAGACAUUCUCUUUUCUUAAUCAGAUAAUAAACAGAAUAAUCUUCUUUUUAUGUGAUUUAUUUUUCUCUUAACUAAGAGUUAUUACGCAUUUUGAUAAUCAGAGA